AUUGUUGUUGUCAUUAUUAAAAUAAGGCAACCAUUUUAUUUUUUUAUUUUUGUUAUGUAUUCUUAUUGUUAUAAAAUUAUGUAUUACUAAUAACAAUUAAUAAUACAUAUUUAUAAAAGCCAAAUGAACUAAAAUAAAAAGCCUGUAUUUAAUAAUUAAAUAAAUAUGUGAUAAAAAAUUUUGAUAUAAUUUUAAAAAAGGAUAAAAAUUAAAAAUGUGGAAAAGAUGUUAUGGUUGUUUGAAAAAAGUGCCAAGUAUACAAUCAUCAGUGUCCUUGAGGUCUAGGAUAUUGUUAUCAUCAUGUCAAAUGUCAACAAAUAUUGAUAAAUUUGAUGACAAUUAUGUUAUUCCAAAAGAUGUCAAAGUUGUUAUUUGUGGAGGUGGUGUUAUGGGUGCUGCUGUUGCAUAUCAUUUAGCAGCUCUUGGUUGGGGUUCACAAACUGUUAUCCUUGAAAGUGGCAGAGUUGGUGAAGGAUCAACAUGGCAUGCAUCUGGUUUAAUUGGAGCAUUUAAGCCAAGUCUUGCACAAGUUAAAUUAGCUCAAGAUAGUAUUUCACUUUAUAAAGAAUUUGAAAAAAAAGGAAUAUCAACAGGAUGGAAAGAAUGUGGUAGUUUAUCACUUGCUAGAACAAGAGAUAGAAUGACAGUAUUUAGAAGAAUGAAAGCACAAUCAGUAUCAAGAGACAUUGAAUGUCAUUUGGUAACACCAUCAGAAGCACUUGAACUUUGUCCAUUAUUAAGAGUUGAUGAUCUUGUUGGUGGUAUUUGGAUACCUGGUGAUGGUGUUGCUGAUCCAUAUAAAACAUGUUUAGCAUUUAUAAAUGAAGCUAAAAAAAAUGACGUUAGAGUAUUUGAAAAAUGUCGAGUUACAAAAGUUGCAACACAUAAUGGAAAAAUUAAAACAAUUGAAACAAAUCGUGGUAAUAUUAAUUGUCAACAUUUUGUUAAUUGUGCUGGUUUUUGGGCAAGAAAUGUUGGUAAAUUAAGUGAGCCAUAUGUUAAGGUUCCACUUCAUCCUGUUGAGCAUCAUUUUUUGCAUACAAAAGAAGUACCUGGUUUAAAUCCAAUGACACCAGUUGUUCGUGAUCUAGAUGGUUAUAUUUAUUUUCGUGAAAAUAAUGGAAGAUUAUUAGCUGGUGGUUUUGAACCAAAUGCUAAACCAGCAUUUGAAAAUGGAAUAAUACCUGAAAAUAUAUCUGAAAGAGCACUACCAGAAGAUUGGGAUCAUUUUCAUUUUCUAUUGGAGCAAAUACUUUUACGUGUACCAAGUCUUGGUGAAGUUGAACUUGAAAGAUUAUGCAAUUGUCCUGAAUCAUUUUCACCAGAUUGUAAAUGGAUUGUUGGUGAAGCACCAGAAAUAUCAAAUUAUUAUAUUGCUGCUGGAAUGAAAACAAUUGGUGUUGCUGCUGCUGGUGGUGUUGGUCGUGCAACAGCUGAAUUAAUAACUAAAAAUUCAACAUCACUUGAUAUGUAUGAACUUGAUGUAUCAAGAUUUUUAGGUCUUCAUAAUAAUCGUAAAUUUUUACGUGAUCGUGUUAAAGAAGUACCAAGUAUGCAUUAUGCAUUACAAUAUCCAAAUAUUGAAUUUAAAACUGGUAGAAAUUUACGUAUGUCACCAAUAUAUCCAAAAUUAAAAGAAGCUGGUGCUGUAUUUGGUCAAGUUAUGGGAUAUGAAAGACCAUCAUGGUUUCAACGUGAUAAAGAUGAUGAUGUUGAUUCAAUUGAUUCAAUUGAUGGUUCACAAACAUAUAAAAUUGCAUAUACAGAUACAUUUGGUAAACCACCAUGGUUUGAACAUGUAUCACAAGAAUAUUCAGCAUGUCGUGAAACAAUUGGUAUUAGUGAUUAUUCAUCAUUUACUAAAAUUGAUUUAUGGUCAAAUGACAAUGAAGUUGUUGAUUUAUUACAAUAUUUAUGCUCAAAUGAUGUUGAUGUACCAGUUGGUAGUAUAAUACAUACUGGUAUGCAAAAUAAUCGUGGUGGAUAUGAAAAUGAUUGUAGUUUAGCAAGAAUAUCUGACAAUCAUUAUAUGAUGAUUGCACCAACAAUACAACAAACAAGAUGUAAACAUUGGAUUAAUCGUCAUUUACCAAGUGAUGGAUCAGUUGCUGUGUCUGAUGUAACAUCAGCAUAUACAGCAAUAUGUAUAAUGGGACCAAGUACACGUCCAUUAUUAGCUGAGCUAACAGACACAGAUGUUAGUCCAAAAAAUUUUCCAUUUUUUUCAUUUAAAGAACUUGAUGUUGGUCUUGCAAAUGGCAUACGAACAAUGAAUUUAACACACACUGGUGAAUUAGGAUAUGUAUUAUAUAUACCAAAUGAAUUUGCAUUACAUAUUUAUACAAGACUCAUUGAAGCUGGUGAAAAAUAUAAAAUAAAACAUGCUGGUUAUUAUGCAACACGUGCACUUAGAGUUGAAAAAUUUUAUGCAUUUUGGGGACAAGAUUUAGAUACAUUUACAACACCAUUAGAAUGUGGUCGUGCAUGGCGUGUUAAAUUUGAUAAAGAUAUUAAUUUUAUUGGACGUGAUGCAUUAUUAAAACAACGUGAUAAUGGUGUACGAAGAAGAUAUGUACAGUUAUUAUUAAUUGAUCAUGAUUCUGAUUUUGAUACUUGGUGUUCUGGUGGUGAGCCAAUUUAUAGAAAUGGUAAAUAUUGUGGUAUGACAACAACAACUGGUUAUGGAUUUACAUUUAAAGCACAAGUAUGUUUGGGUUUUAUUGAAAAUAUUGAUGACAAUGGUAAUACAAGAGAGGUAUCAAAUGAAUAUGUACUUGAGGGUGAUUAUGAAAUUGAUGUUGCUGGUAUAAGAUAUCAUGCUAAGUGUAAUCUUCAUAGUCCAAAUUUACCAACUAAAUUUCCAGAUUCAGAAAGAGAUUCUUAUCAUGCAACGAGAGAUCAUUCAACAUCUCGAUAAUAUUAUUUUAUUUUUGUUUUAUUAUAAAUAAUAUAUUUUUAUCUUUAUUAACUUUUUUUUUUUUAUUUUUAUCAACAAAUUAAAAUAGUGCCAUUUUUAUUAUAUAUAUAUUAUUAUUAUUUUUAUCAAUUAGUUUAUUCUUGGAAUGCAACUGGAUUUUUUCUUUUUAUAAUUGAAAAUAUAACGAGUGUAUUUUGUUGAUGAUUAAAUUCUGUAAAUAAUAUUUUUUUAAAUAAAGAAUAAUAAAUAGUUGAUGAUGAU